AUGGGCUACAUCCCCUCCCACGCGCUCGAGAACCUCCGCAAGUACGCCUACAAGGGCGUCGACAAGUCGCUCGUCUCGCGCUAUGUCCUCAACCCGUUCUGGACCUGGUUCGUCACCCUCUGGCCGACCUCCGUCGCGCCCAACACCAUCACGCUCACGGGCCUCUGCCUCGUCCUGACCAACUUCGCGACGCUCCUCUACUUCGACCCCAAGUUCCUCACCGACAAGGAAGGCGCCGAGGGUCCCCCGCAGUGGGUCUACUUCACGUGGGCCGCGGGCCUGUUCAUGUACCAGAGCCUGGAUGCGAUCGACGGGAAGCAGGCGCGGCGCACGGGGAUGGCGGGGCCGCUGGGAGAGAUGUUCGAUCAUGGGUGCGAUGCGCUGAACACGACGCUUGAGGUCAUCCUCUGUACGCGUGCGUUGAACCUGGGCAGGUCGUGGUGGACCGUGUCUUCCCAGAUCGCGACGCUUGCGAACUUCUACCUGACUACAUGGGAAGAGUACCACACUGGCCAACUCUACCUGGGCCACUUCUCCGGGCCAGUGGAGGGUAUUCUUGUCAUUGUCGCAAUAUACGUUGUCACUGGAUGCAUGGGCACUGGCUUCUGGGACCAAGAUUUCCUCACCUUCACGCGACUAGAGAGAUACCCCGUUGUGCUCCAAUACAUUCCUAGAAUGGGACUCAACGACGUUUGCAUGGUCUUCGGAUGCGUUGUAACGUCCGUCAAUAUUGUCAAUAGCUCCUACAACGUCUUCAAGGCGCGGAUAGGUUCCAAGCUGAACCCCGUCACGCCUCUCUUGUAUCUCCUCCCCUUCCCCAUCUCUGUCGCGAUCGAGCUCUUCUGGCUCAGCUCACCCAAGCUCACCGAGUCGCGGAUCCUGUACUCCGCUCUCUUCGUGCCAUUCCUGUGCUGCUGGGGCCUUCAAUUCGCGCAUCAAGUCUCGCGCAUUAUCCUCGCGCAUGUGACGAAGCAGUCCUUCCCGUGGUGGGACGCGAUGUGGUUGUGGAGCAUCGCAGGCGCGGUGGACGCGAACUUGCCAUUGCUUAUCAACCGCCCGCCCAUCAUCCAAUACAACAUGCAGCGCACCGCGAUCUUCGUCUACGUGACGCUCGCGGUGACGUUCUUGUCCUACGCUCGGUUCUGCUACCUCGUGAUCAACGACAUCACGAACUACCUCGGUAUCGCGUGCUUCACGGUUCGCAAGAAGGACAAGUCGGGGGAGUGGGUUGCCGCGUCGGAGGUGAACGGGAAGAAGCAGUGA